AUGAGCACACCUUUUAAAACUCCACAUACGAAGAGACCGAGGCUGGAAAAUCCGUCUAACGAUGGAAGCUCGGCGUCGGAUACUUGCUCUACCAACUCCAGUGGAGAUUCUCUCAAUAAAAUAAGCCUGGUGACUUUAUUCGACGAGCAACAGCGCCUGUAUCAACAGAGAUUCGACGACAGAGAAAAUAUAUUGGAAAGCUACAUUAAUUUCGCGGUACAAACGAAAUUGCUGUUCGAAGAAUUCAUCAAAACCAGAAGCGAAUUCGUCCGGCUUAGGAAUGAAAUCGAUCGGAGAACCGAAGAUGGCAAUGAGGCGAAUAGGCUGCUCAAAAACGCCAGGAAAAUGCUGGACGAGGAACACAAAAAGAGAAAAAUAGCGGAGCAAGAGCGGGACGAGCUGAAAUAUAAAAUAGCCAGUUUCUGCAACACUCUGGUUAAGGACAGUAGAAAUAAACUCGUCGACGAUAUCAAGGAACAGAUGUCCACCUUAUACCCAGGCAGAGCCAGUAUAGGAGACCCAGACCGACUGAGUGCUAUCAAAGAAAUCAAUUCGACCGGUUCCAUUCUAUCCGACAUUAGCUUCUCCCGUUCCGAAGACGACCUCGAUUCCUCCAAUCACCAUUUCAGACCGAACAGGAACUGGAACAAACGACAGAUUGAUAAUUUUGACGAACCCACCACUAAAAAACCGAAGUCCAGCAGAAACGUGGAGAUCGGACGUACGGAAACCGUCAGGGCUACCACUACAUUGACCGUCGACAAAGAGGGGGGCCCCAUUAAAGCCACUUCCGUCAUAGAAUCCAUACCUAAAACCAACGGAGAAGCCAUCGCUCCUCCUGAUUUGGUCUUCGAAUCAUGGAAACGUCAAGAAGGAACCUACAGUAGUCCGCUUAAAGAAAGAAACAACAAUUUCAGGCAGCAUUGUUUCCAACAGAAAACUCUUAUAAUGCCGCCGAACGUGUGCUCGGUCUGCGAGAAGAGCAUACGUUUCGGCAAAACAGCGCUGAAAUGCAAAGAAUGCCGCUUGAUGUGCCAUCCCGAUUGCAUGCCUCUCAUGCCUCUGCCUUGUAUACCGGCCAUGAACACUCCGAGCUCGAAAAAAUUCACGGGAACCGUUGCCGAUUACACCCCCACUAGCGCGCCUAUGGUACCAUCGUUAAUAGUGCACUGUGUGAACGAAAUCGAAAAAAGGGGCUUGAAGGAAAUAGGGCUCUAUCGCGUUCCGGGAUCCGAGAAAGAUGUAAAAAGUUUAAAAGAAAAGUUUCUCUCGAGUUCCUUGAGCCCUAAUUUAAAAAAUGAGGACGUUUACGUUAUUUGUGGCUGUAUAAAAGAUUUCUUGCGAUCGUUAACGGAGCCUCUCAUAACCAGAGCGCUCUGGAAUGAUUUCAUAACGGCCGUAAGGGCUAGAGAUCCAACUGAUACGAUUCCUGUACUAUAUGAAGCCAUCUACAGGCUUCCUCAGCCCAAUAGAGACACUUUAGCGUUUCUUAUAUUACAUUUGCAACGAGUGGCGCAAUCGCCCGAUUGCAAAAUGCCCAGGGAUAAUUUAGCGAAGGUAUUCGGCCCGACAAUAGUCGGUUAUUUCACCAAAAAUCCGGAGCAGUUGUUCGAGGAGACGACGAGCAUCGUCAAAGUGAUGUCGCAUCUUUUAAACAUUCCCGAAGACUUUUGGUCCAACUUCGUGAACGUUCGAUUAUUACCGAGUGUCGCAAAUCUGCAGCAGACUCCGAGUACCGAUUCCUUGCUGAGGACUCCGGCUUCCAGGCUCUUUACGCCCAACGGAAGGAGCGAGCGUACUUUGUACAGGAAGAAGAGAGAAGGAAAUUUGUUUGGAACUCCUCCGGCUUACAAGUAA